AUGGCUGAUCAAUCGGUAGUGGCAGUCCCAAAACUUUUUGGCAUUCCUUUAAAAUACAUUUCGCUGGUGACUCUUACUCUGCAAAACUCGUCAUUGAUUCUGGUUAUGCAUUAUUCUCGAAUAAUGCCUGGCUACGAUGCAAGUUCACGAUAUUUCCCUUCAACUGCUGUUCUUCUCAAUGAAAUUUUUAAACUUUCCUUUUGUUUCCUGGUUUCAGCCCGUGAAAUUGGUAUCUCUGCAACAUGGUCAGAAGUCUUUUCUGCAGACUCUUGGAAACUCGCCAUUCCUGCUUUCCUCUAUACUCUCCAGAACUCCCUUCAAUACACUGCUGUCUCCAAUCUCGAUGCCGCUACUUUCCAAGUCACUUACCAGCUUAAAAUCCUUACUACAGCUUUCUUUUCCGUCACAAUGCUUAACAGAUCACUUUCCAAGAUUCAAUGGACCUCGCUUGUUCUCCUUACAUCCGGUAUUGCUUUUGUCCAAGUUUCUCCCGAGUCUUUUUCGAAAUUUUUUUCCACGGCCGUUUCAAUGAUCCUCCCCUCUUCUGCUGCUUCAACCUUUACCGGAGCUGAAGCUGAUUCUCCCAAACAUCUUCUUAUUAGAGCCGCCCACGAUGCUGCUCACGACGAAAUGAACAGAAGCAUUGGUCUUGUUGCUGUUGUUGUUGCCUGCUGUUUGUCAGGUCUUGCAGGUGUUUACUUUGAAAAAGUGCUUAAAGGUUCCAGUGCAUCUCUUUGGGUCCGCAAUAUCCAGCUCAGUUUUUACUCUGUAUUCCCAGCUCUUUUCCUUGGUGUCUUGUGGAAAGAUGGUGCUAAAAUCUCUGAAAAGGGCUUCUUCUUUGGCUACAACUAUGUUGUCUGGACCGCAAUCUUUUUACAGGCUUUUGGUGGUAUCAUUGUUGCCCUCUGUGUCAAGUUUGCCGACAAUAUUGCAAAGAACUUUGCAACCUCUAUUUCUAUUUUGAUUUCUUUCCUUGCUUCUGUUUACUUCUUUGAUUUCACUGUUACCUUUAACUUUAUUGCUGGUGCUGCUCUCGUUAUUUUUGCUACUUAUCUUUAUGCCAUGCCUUCUCCUCAGCCCAAAGAGCCAAAGUGGAGUCUGCCAACCAACGAAGAUGAUAUCGAAAUGACUUCUCAUCAAAACAAAAGAGAGUAA